AUGUUUCCUGGUCCGGCAAGAAUUAUCCUUGUUCUAAAUAAUGAGGAAAAUGAGAAUGAUAAUCUCAAUGAAAGGUUGGAUGAACCGAGAGAAAACCAACAGCCAGUAGCAAAUAUGAACAGGGAGAGACUGUUUCGAGACCGAUUAGAUCCUAUACAAGUACCAGAUGAACAUUUAUUAAGAUAUUAUCGUUUACCUAGAAAUGUGAUUUUGGAGUUAUGCGAGUUAGAACACCCCACGAGACGCAGUCAUUCCCUAUCAGUUAUGCUACAAGUUCUUAUAGGCCUAAGGUUCCUAGCAUCAUGUGGUUUUCAGAGUUUAAUAGGAGAUAUUGCACAUAUAUUUGACGACAUUUUAAGUGAUGAGGAUGAAGACAUCAUAAAUAUUAUUGAGGCUCCCAGGCAGCCUAGAAAUUUUAGAGUAAGACCUAGUCAUAUGGAGUGUUGGAACGACGAGGAAUUUAUAAAUAGAUUCCGACUUUCCAAAGUCUCUUCACUGUUAUUUUUUAGGAAUCAUGCUCUACUUCCACUAACUCAAUUACUAAUAAGCUUACGAUUUUAUGCAUGCGGUAGCAUCCUUCUUGUUGCUGCAGACUUUGGAGGAGUACACAAGUCAACAGCCUCUCGAGUAAUUAAAAAUAUGUCACAGGCGAUUGCUUCAUUGGCACCGACACACAUAAAAAUGCCAGAAAAUAAUCGAGAAUUAGCUGUGGAGAAAGAAAUGUUUUAUAAUAUUUCAAGAUUUCCUAAUGUUAUCGGAGCUAUCGAUUGUACACAUGUCCAAUCUCCAGGGGGAGCAAAUGCUAAGCAUUUUAGAAAUAGGAAAGGAUAUUUUUCUUUAAAUGUGCAAACAGUUUCCAAUGCAAAAGGAAAUAUUUGCAAUGUAGUAGCACGCUGGCCUGGUGCUAGUCAUGACAGUACAAUUUUCAAUAACUCAAGAUUAAAAGCACAAUUUGAAGAGGGAAGAUUUACAGAUGGUUUACUUUUGGGAGAUUCCGGUUAUGCCUUAAGAAAAUAUUUGAUGACACCAUUACAUAAUCCAAUUCUUCCAGAAGAAAAUCUGUACAAUGAGUCUCACAUUCUUACAAGAAAUGUAGUGGAGAGGUCGUAUGGAAUGUGGAAGAGAAGAUUUCCCAUAUUACGCUUGGGGAUGCGAUUGAAAAUGGAAACAAUCCAAACAAUAAUUGUACCUAGCCACUGCAGUAUUAAACAAUAUUGCCAUAGAUAUGAGGGACGAGGAACCUGAGGAAGAAAUUACUGUAGAUGAUGACGAAGGUCCUAAUGCAGAUGAAGAAAUCUUUCAACCCGCUAAUAAUACUGGAGCAGCAGUUAGACAAAAUUUAAUUCAGUA